UGGCAACUUGGUGGCUUUCUUGCAUAUGCAUAACUCGCUUUCCUAACCGCUUCCCCCUUCAUUUCACGCAAGGACUGUUUGCACCAAACUACUCUAGAUUUUGAAUUUGUAGGCGCAGAAUUGCGGUGGACGCAUGAUGAGCUCCUCCUUCUCGAUUCGCAGUCUCAGGUCCGAUGCCACAGAACCCCUUCACCAAGUCAAACUGCUGUCUGCGCUUCGGAGUGGCGACCCCGCUCUCAUACAUCCCUUUCUCACUGAAAUUGGCAAGGAAAGACGAAAGUCGGUCGACGGAGACAUCAACACUGGCGCUGCUGCCCUUCACCUCGCUAUUCGCUGCGCUUCCGUCGAUACUGUGCAGCUACUCCUAUCUCACAGAGCCAUAUCGCCCAAUGGUGUACACCCGCCAGGCUCUGGGACCACCCCACUCCAUCUUGCAGCAUCCCUCGGUCGUGCAGACAUCGUAGGCGUGUUGCUCGACCAGGCUGGCAUUGACGACACCCUUCGUGAUAACAACGGAAAGACAUGCAAAGAUGUAGCAAAGGCAAAAGAAGUUAUCCAAACCCUGCAAGAUUCGCGUUCCUUUUUGAACGCCUCAUACAGGUCCCUUCUGCGCUCGUAUAUUCUAUCCCCCUUGGAUGCAUCCCCGAAUGCAGCAUUGGUGGCUCUACUUGAGUCUCCACGGGCACGUGGAGUCGAUUUGUCUUACCUGGACGAUGCGUCUGGCACUUCUCUACUGCACGAGGCAGCCAGGCGCAAAAACCUGCGCCUCAUUGAACUAGCUGUGCGAGCAGGCGCGAGCGUUUUUGUGCGAGACCGCAGGGGGAAAAUGGCGUACGAGGGUACAGGAAAAGAUGAUCACGUACGGGUAUUUUUGCGACAAUUCGCAAACCACGAUACCUCUCUCAUUGAGGUUCCGUCUUCGGAACCUCCAGUCAUGAAGGGUUAUCUCAAUAAGUACACCAACGUUGCCAAGGGCUAUAAUACCAGGUGGUUUGUUUUAAAAGAUGGUGUAUUCUCAUAUUAUCGGCAUCAAGAAGACGAAGACAUCGCCAGCCGCGGUGCCAUCGCCAUGAAAACUGCCAUCCUCAAAAUCUCGCCGGGCGGUGACAAGACGCGGUUCGAGGUCCACUCGACCCCGUCUCGAGGACACACCACUGGGCAAAAAUGGUACAUGCGUGCUAAUCAUCACGUUGAGGCCGCCGGGUGGACACAGGCGCUUGAGAAGGGCAUUCAAUGGGCGCGGCGCGAUGAGCAAGUACCGCGGAAGAGCGCUGAGAGCGAGCUGAGCGCUUUGAAGCCAAAGAGUUUGCGCACGAGCUUCCAGUCGGUAAUGUCAGCGCGGCGAACGGAUAUGGGUACCCGCGGCGGUUCACAGGGCUCCCUCAUGGGUAUAGCGGAUGAGAGUAUGGAGGAUGGGCCACCUCUUGAGACUAGCAAGGCGGAUAAAAGCCGUUCUACCUCAGAUAAUGAAGAGCACAAUGAUAAUUCUUCAGCGUCGGUCCUCACACAGUCGCCUCCUCAUAACGGGACUUUCGACCUCCAAGGGAACUCGACCGCAGCACAGAUGGAACUCACUGGUCAGCUUCUGUCCAACCUCGCACUACCGCCGGACGCAGCGCUCAGGACGCAAGAACUCCGUACAGCGCUCAAAGAAUCCUUUGCAAUCGUACAAACAAUGAUAGACGAGUAUAUCCAGAUGGCCAAGGACCGUGAGGAGUGGUGGAAAUCCCAACUACAGCGCGAGCGUGAGAGGCAGACUGUGUGGGAAGAAAGCCUACAGACUGUCGUGCGAGAGGGCGAGGUUCUGGAACGAGAGCUGCGCAUGCGGUCCCGGAAACGAGGUAGCAGAUUCUUCGAUGCCGGUGUGAACGAUGGAGGUGUCGGAACGCUCCGACAGCGCCCUGCGACCAUGGCGCUUGUAUCUCCUGUUAUUGAAGAGCACUCUUAUUUCUCGCCCGUGGUGCGCCCCGGACCCAUUACUAUCGUCUCCCCGCCUGAGGAAGUCAACGGCCCAUCCACGUCGACUGCGCCAUCGCCUCCCGCAAGUCCAGGGGCUACACCGACUGCACAGCGUAUGCCGCGGCACGAUCAGGAGGAUGAAGACGUGAUCGAUACGGACGAGGAGGACGAAUUCUAUGAUGCCAUCGAGGCCAACGCACUCCCCAAUCUUGUCGUCAGUGAAUUGCUGUCGAGCCCGACGCAUGCGGUACCUGCGCUGUCCUUCAUGAACGCCGAAUAUUUCACGGGGUAUCAAGAUUUGAGGACGCGGUUACCCAUCGGAUCGGAUAACAGGCCGAGCACGAGUCUGUGGUCUGUGCUGAAGCAUAGUAUUGGAAAGGAUUUGACGAGGAUUAGUUUCCCCGUCAUGUUUAAUGAGCCGACAAGUAUGUUACAGCGGAUGGCGGAAGACAUGGAAUUCUCGGAGUGUCUCGAUGUCGCUGCUCGCGAGCGAGACCCGCACCGCCGAUUAGCAUUUGUGGGCGCAUUUGCGAUGUCAAAUUAUUCGUCAACCAUCGGCCGUAUAGCAAAACCAUUUAAUCCUAUGCUCGGCGAAACAUUCGAAUAUGUUAGACUUGACAAGGAGUAUCGCUACGUAUCUGAACAAGUCAGCCAUCAUCCCCCCAUCUCCGCUUGUUGGGCAGAAUCGCCGUAUUGGCACUAUUACGGAGAGGUUGACGCACAAAAUAAAUUUAUGGGAAAAUCAUUUGAGAUUCGACCGACUGGUGUUGCGCAUGCUGAACUUCUUCUUCCUGAAGAGUGGGCGCCCGACUACCCCAAGUGUACUGCUGACGGCAUCCAGGGCAAGGUUGUAGAGCACUUUUCAUGGAAGAAGGUCACUACCAACGUCUCUGGGUUUAUCUUGGGCUCUCCCACUAUCGACCACUAUGGUGACAUGAUCGUUACGAACCACCGCACUGGUGACCAAUGUGUGCUGACAUUCAAGCCAAGAGGAUGGCGGGGAAAAGAUGCAUACGAAAUAUCUGGCUUCGUGCGAGACGCAGACGGAGAAGUGACUCACGAGGUGGCUGGACGGUGGAACAGCCAGCUCAUCUGCCGCCCCGUCGGUACAGGCAGCGGAUUCCUACAUCCCGACGCCGCCGUAAGUGGGCCCUCCUCGCCAAACUACACCGCAGAGUACAUCCUCCUCUGGCGUAACUCCGAAAAGCCUACCGCACCUUUCAACCUCACACCAUUCGCAAUCACGUUGAAUGAUUGCCCCGACGAUACGCUAAGGUCGUACUUGUGCCCGACGGACUGCAGGCUGCGACCUGAUCAGCGGGCGUUUGAGAUGGGGAAGUAUGAAUUUGCGAAUGGGUUGAAGAUGAAGCAGGAGGAGCGGCAGCGGGCGACGCGGCGUGCGAGGGAGGAGGGGCGGAUGCCACCGCAUCGACCCAGGUGGUUUAGGGCGGAAACAGAUGGGGAUACUGGGGAGAGGGUGUGGGCGCCGUCGAGGGCUAAUGAUAGAUUGGAGUAUUGGAUAGAGAGGGAGAAGGUGUGGAAGAUGGGGGGUGGACAGCCCUGGAAGGAUGUGGAACCUAUUUUUAUAGAGGACGCUGUUUAGCAACGCGAACGAUUCAUGGGUGGUUGGACCGGUAUUUAUGUUUAGGAGUAAACGCAGCCCGGCGAUGAAAAAGAAACAUCACCUUAGAGGCGGCUCUAUAGCGUUCCUAAUAUAAGGCUUAUAUAAUUCCUAUUUCCGAUUUA